CGUACCAUACAAUAUGAAAUUAUCAAUGUUAACUUAAUAAUUUGUUAUUUACAUUUAAAAUAAUAAUUUUCUAAUCAUUUAAACUUGUUAGUUUCUAUGUCAAAAUGAAAUCAUAUGGAUGUAAUUUAGAAUGCGUAGACGAUAAAAAGACAGAGAAAGUUGUUGAAUUUGUAGGUCCAGUAAAAAUAGUUCUAGUCGAUCAGCCGAAGAAUUCUUACAGACAUAAAACAUGGGCAGCGGCUUUCAUAACAUUGGCUCAGAUGUUGAUGGCAGUAACAACUAUUUUCGUGAUAUUUUAUACACUAACCUUUAAGAAACGGGAAUACUUGAAAGCGUUGCAUGUUUUUUUAUGCACAGUUGGGUUUCAAUUGGUUAUGCCGACUGGUGUUUUAAUUUUGAACGAUUUAACUGGUGCCUCGGCUCCAAUGAGUUUCGUAGAUCGGAGGUUUGAGCAUGGUAUGCUGCAGAUUUUUAGCUCCGGACUUGUAGCCGGUGGAGCGCUCGCUUCUUAUUUCGCUUAUAAUCCAACAACUUAUACACUUCACUUUUAUAUAGGUGCAGCAGCCACAGUUCUUGCGUUGUUAAAUGCUGCAAUAGGGAUUACAGCGUAUCUUAUAGGCCUUAUCAUAUCUAAAAGUAAGAUACGUAUAAUAAUUAUUAUACAUCGUCUUAUUGGAAUCCCAGCUAUAAUAGCAUCAUCGGCGUGUUUUAUCAGUGGCGUUAUAAAUGUUUCGUUCAGAGAGUGGGUGCCAACAGUUGAAAUGUUCUACGCUUUAUUGAUAUUUUGUGCUAUUUACACAAUUAUUGUUAUAUAUCAACCCUUUAGGAAUAUAUAAAUUAACAUACAAACUUAUUUGUAGAUUUUUUCUAGUUUUAUUCGAAAUAUUAUCAAUAUGAAUGAGGCUUAUAUUUUGUGUCAUUUUAAUAUUAUACUGGGACCAAUUCUAAAAUGUUCUUUUUAUUUAUUAUAAAUGAUCUGAAACAUCAUGUAAUAAUGAUGUAAUGUAAAUGGUAAUAAAUUUUAAUCAUAUUUGAAUUUAAUCCAAAUUUAUUUAGGGAUUGAAAAGGGUUAACCGAUUUUGACAAAUUGUAGGUUGUUAGAUACGUUUUGGUUUCGCUAAUGUCACGUAGUCCAUAUCAAAUAUAGAAAUUCAGAAUGACUGGAUUUGACAAUACUUAGUUAGGUAAUUUAUUGGGUUUUCAACCAAACUUAUGGAACGUAAGAUUAUAUGGAAUAUGGAAGACAUAUGACAAAAGAAAGACCA